AAACCCAGCCCCGAACCUCAGCAAAGGGUUAACUUCUCCUUCCCCCUGAUUGCUCCGGCUCCUGCCAGGCGGAAGUUGGAAACGAGCAGUUCAAGUUCAAAGCCCUCGUUUCUUGUGCUGUGCGGUUUGUUUUUCCCCCCUCUCAGGAACCGGCCGGGAAGGAGCUCCCGGGGAUGGCCCAAGAUUCCCGGUGCCAGAAUUCCCACCUCUAUUACUACGGCAUCAAAUUUGCCCUCUCCACCUACUCCACCCUGUUCUCGCUCCUGGGCCUGGUGAUCCUGUGCGUGGGGAUUUAUGCUGAGGUGGAGAGGCAGAAGCACAAGACCCUGGAAGGGAUUUUCCUGGCUCCAGCUGUCAUCCUGCUCCUGCUGGGGGUCACCAUGUUCGUGGUGUCCUUCGUGGGAGUGGUGGGGAGUCUGCGGGACAACCGGACCCUGCUGAAGAUGUUCUUCUGGGUGCUGCUGGUGAUCUUCCUCACGGAGCUGCUGCUGCUCUUCAUCGAAAUCAUCUUCGAGAACAAGAUGAACGAGGUUUUCCACUCCAACAUCCAGGAGGGCAUCAGGCACUACUACGACGACCUGGACUUCAAGAACAUCCUGGACUUUGUGCAGCAGAAGUUUUCCUGCUGUGGUGGGGACGAAUAUCGAGACUGGGGGGUCAACCAGUACCACUCCUGCAACAGCACUGGGCCCCUGGCCUGUGGGGUGCCCUACACCUGCUGCAUCAGGAAGGCCCCUGGAGAGGUCGUGAACACCCUCUGUGGGUACAGGACGCUGGACAAAGAGCGCCUGGAGCUGCUCAGCAUCAUCCACGUGCGGGGUUGCAUCCACGCCGUGGGGCUCUGGCUCAAGGACAACUUCGAGGCCACUUUGGGCAUCGUUUGCUCCCUGUUGCUCCCACAGGUGGUGGGGCUGGUGAUGGCCUGGCUCUACUGGCAGAAGCUCAACGAGAUCUACUCCAAGCUGGACACGGUGGAUUUCAGGCUCCUGGAGCUGCGGGAUUUCAGCUUCGGGGUGGUGGAUCUCAGCGGCGCCGGCUGGUGCUGGUGCCUGCCCAGGGAAGGGGGUUACAUCCCUGUCAACCCUGGGAACGAGGAGGAGGAGGAGGAGGAGCAGGAGGAAGCCAGAGCUUCCCACAGCAAGGUGUGAGGAGCUGGAGGACUCAGCGAGCUCUGGAGGUGGCGGUGAGAGUGGGAAUAAUGUGAUUUAUCUUCUCAGGGUUCUGGAGGUGCUUUGGGGAGAAAGGGAAGUUUUGGAACCUUUGGAAGGUUCCAAACUCCACCAUUCGGGCGCUGCAGCUCCCCAGGGUCCUCCUGCUUGGCAUUUUGGAAGUGUUUGUGCAGCUCCUGGUUGGGGUUCAGGUUGUUUUGGGGGGUUUUUUUAUACAAUAAAUGUG